CACACUGUUCCUGGUUUUGUUAAGCUCUCGCUUAACCUAACCGCCGGGAGCAGAAGUGUUCGACGAAAUGACGAACGCCGGGGCGGCGACAGGCGCCGCGCUAGGCGCGCGCACGGCGCGGUCCUGCGAUAGCUGCAUGCGGCGGAGGGCGCGCUGGCACUGCCCCGCGGACAACGCGUUCCUGUGCCAGUCCUGCGACGUCUCCGUCCACUCGGCGAACCCGCUCGCGCGGCGCCACCACCGCGUCCGCCUCCCCUCGGCGUCCUGCUCGUCCCCACCGCGCGAUCCCGACGCGCCGACGUGGCUCCACGGCCUCAAGCGACGGCCGCGCACGCCGCGGUCCAAGCCCGGGGGAAGCAAUAAGCAUGAGGCGGCGCCCAGCUCUAUCGCCGCGGCCGCGUCGGCAGCGGUCCCCGACCUCGAGGCGGAGGCGGAGGCGGAGGCGGAGGAGUCCGGCUCCGGUAUCCUGGGCGAUAACGACGACGACCACGGGUUCCAGGACGACGACGAGAACCUUCUGUACUGCGUGCCGGUGUUCGAUCCUAUGCUCGCCGAGUUCUACAACCCCGUGGCCGACGAGGGGGAGCAGAAGCCGGCCUGCCUGAUGCUGCCUCUCGUGGAAACAUCGCCGGAGUUCGCCUCCGGCGGCUUGGCAGAGGCGGACGGGCUCUCCGGCUUCGACGUCCCGGACAUGGAUCUCGCUAGCUUCGCGGCGGACAUGGAGAGCCUCCUCAUGGGAGUCGACGACGGGUUUGACGAUCUGGGUUUCUUGGACGAACAGAAGCCUCAGGUGAACGCGGACGUGGACUUGGAGGCCAUGGCGGCGCCGGAGCCUGAACGAGAGGACAAGAAAAGGAAGCGGGACGGCUUUGAUUAUCUGGGUUUCUUGGACGAAGAGAAGCCACAGGUGAACGCGGACGUAGACUUGGAGGCCAUGGUGGCGCCGGAGCCUGAACGAGAGGACAAGAAAAGGAAGCGAACAGAUAUGAUACUCAAGCUGAACUACGAGGGCGUCAUCGCCUCGUGGGUUCGUGACGGCGGAUCACCGUGGUACCACGGCGAGCGUCCUCACCUCGACGAUCCUUACGAGCUAUGGUUGGAGUUCCCGGCAACGGGGAGCCGGGGACUUUUCGGCGGCACCAUGACAGCGGUGACCGGCGGCGAGCGUGAGGCACGGGUGUCGCGGUACAGGGAGAAGCGGCGGAGGCGGCUGUUCGCCAAGAAGAUCCGGUACGAGGUGCGCAAGCUCAACGCCGAGAAACGGCCGCGGAUGAAGGGCCGGUUCGUGAAGCGCACCACGCUCCCGCCGCUGCCGAGGCCGCCACCGCCGUCACAGCAGCAACAGAAGAAGAAGCAACUGCCACGCUCAUUGCCACACGUGGGCAUGGUGCUCGCGCCACCUCCAGGAGCGGACGGGCGCUUCCGGUUUUGAGUCUUUGAGAUCACGCACGCAAGCACGGAAGGCUCGGUAUCAGGACAUCAGGUGCACAACGGAGGGAUAGUGCACAAAUGCACAAACUUGAUCCUGACCUUCCAUCUCCCAAUGAACGGUCACCGCCAAAAUUGCAAGAAGGCCCCUCCGCACCUCCUCCUCCUUUCAUAUAUGUUUUGCGAAAACC